AUGAAACUCCUAACGGAUACUUUGGAUGUAAGGACUGGGGAAACAACACGAGGAGUGGUAGGAGUAGUCAUGAAUAUUGUUGAAAAAGAACCAAGUAACAAUAUUGUUGACCCUCUUAAAAUUCAAAAUAAUUAUGCUUUGGAACAAGCCUUCUCUGUUCUCCAAGCAGAUGGUUUCGGCUCGGAACUGAAACACCCUCCAACCAUUACUGCAAGCCAGGCUUUCUCAUCCAGGGCUUUGAGAAGCCCUUGGAAUGAUCCCAAUCAUGAGUGGUUCAACAACAAAUUAAUAGGUUCAACGCACUCCAUCAUCAUGUACGAAUUUUCAUCAUCAACAACACUGAAUCAAUCGAGAUCUACUUCGUCCAAGAAAUUUCUCAAUUUUUCAUCAUCACUGCCAUUGACCACCACUCCUCUUCUUAAAUUAUUGAAUCCAUUUUCACUCCUUGUAUCCCUUCUUAUUUUCCUUCUCUUGAUCUCAGAAUUCAACAAUGGCCAUUCUUCAUCCUUUGUGAAAGCACAGAAUUUUUGCAAAACCUUCUCGGAUUGUACGAGUUGUGUCGGAGCAGCUGACAAUUCAUGUAUUUGGUGUGCUACAUCUGAUACAUGUGUGUCAGUGCUUUCAAUUUUUGAUGAAUCGACAGGUUCAUAUCGAAUGUCUACUUCUCAAUGUCCAAUUCCGAAUGAGCCUGUCUCACUUUUUACUGAGAUGUGCAUGGAUCCACUCUUUGAAACUUGUGGUAAUAGACAAUUGCCCAACAUUGUGGAGUCCAAUAGCAGCAUCCUUCAACAACAACCACCAUUUUCAGCAACACAUCCAACUCAAAACAACAAUCUUCAAGAUAUUUCUAAAUGUCACGACCAUAUGGACUGUGUCUCGGAUAAGGAUUGUGUUUAUAUUUCAAAAGGAUUUUUCACAGUCACAAGUGCCAACCCUUCUGAAGAUGGUAAAAGUAGAGUUAUUCCUUUGGGUAUCAAUGGGACAUGUUGGAGAGCUUUGCCAAUUUUGGGUGCUCCCACCUCUCGCACUGUUCAUCGUGGCGGUCUCGUUUAUUACAUGGAAGCUGAAGAGUCCUAUUAUGCAACCUGUGUCAUUCGUGAAGUUUAUUAUUGGGUGAUUAUUGCUGCAAGUGUUGCAGCGAUUGGAUGUUGCGUGUGUACUGGCUGCAUAUGUUGCUUGUGUUGUUUUUGUUUGUACUGCAAGCGAGAUCGAAGAUACAUUUCGCUUAAUAGUUAA